CAACAAUACCUCAAUGUUGGUUUAUUUUAGUUGAUAAAAAAAGAAGAAAUAAAUUAAAAAAUCAAAGUGCUUGAAAUUCCGUAGAGCUGUCCAAGUUUCCGACGGCGGACAUAAAAAGAACUUCCAGCGGCGGCUGCGGUUUUCCUCCCUAGCAGCAUCUAUAUUUGUUUUUCGGCAUUUUCCCAGUUUUCCUUGAUACCUCUUCAUUGUGAUAAAUUGAGUAUUUAUAUCUUCAUUAAAUUAAAAGAGUUUAUGUAAAUAAUAAUGUAGUGAUUGUAAUCAAUACCUAUACAAAAGUAUGAAGUGACAAAGAACUGUUCGUAUCAAGAGCCUUCUUUCAUCCAUGCAUAGAUUUAUACCUGCUGAUAGAUGACGUUUUGAUAAAUCAUAAGCAACGGAUCCAGAUUCUUGGUCACUCCUCCUCUCAAGGAAUUGAACAAGGGAUUAAACCAAAACCAAAACAAGGAAAAGAAAACGUUGGAGGAAAUUGGGUUCAGUACCCACACUUUCUGUUAGCAGCUGUGUAAUUCAGAAGUUCCUCGGAGCGGAGGGAGGGAGGUUGAAGCGAGAUCGGGCAACUGAUGAGAUGAGAUUGGGCGGCAGAUCAGGCGGAGGAGCAGCUGCCGGAAAGCCCAGAACGGCGAAGUUGGUGUUUGUAUGCGUGGGGCUGUUGGGGGCAGCUCUCGUAGCAGAUCUGCUUUGGGCUUCAUCUUCCUCUAACUGGGCUGUCCGGGAUUCCAUUAAUGUCAUCUUCCCAAAUCAGACCAACCUCCUACCUAAGGGCUCAACCGAGAAGGGUAAAAAAGAUGUUACUAAAGAGAGGAAAUUAUCUGCUACUUUUGCAGAUUUGCCAGCCCCUGAAUUGAAGUGGGAGAAGAUGGCUUCUGCACCUGUGCCUCGGCUCGAUGGUGCUGCCAUACAGAUCAAGAACCUUCUUUAUGUCUUCGCUGGAUAUGGAACCAUUGAUUUUGUCCAUUCUCAUGUUGAUAUAUACAACUUCACAGAUAACACAUGGGGAGGGAGGUUGGAUAUGCCCAAAGAAAUGGCUCAUUCACAUUUGGGUAUGGUAACAGAUGGGAGAUAUAUCUAUGUUGUCAAUGGACAAUAUGGUCCCCAGUGUAGAGGCCCUACAGCUCACACAUUUGUGCUAGACACUGAUACGAAGAAAUGGCAGAACAUGCCUCCUCUGCCUGUCCCAAGAUAUGCGCCUGCGACAACACUUUGGGGUGGUAGGCUUCAUGUCAUGGGUGGGAGCAAAGAGAAUCGAUUUACUCCAGGAUUAGAGCACUGGAGUAUAGCAGUUAAAGAUGGGAAAGCAUUAGAAACAGAAUGGCGCCCUGAGAUACCCAUUCCUCGUGGCGGUCCCCAUCGGGCCUGUGUUGUGUUUGAAGAUCGGCUUUAUGUUAUUGGUGGUCAAGAAGGUGACUUUAUGGCCAAACCUGGAUCACCUAUUUUCAAAUGCUCACGUAGAAAUGAGGUUGUGUAUGGUGAUGUGUACAUGCUAGAUGAUGAUAUGAAGUGGAAGGUGUUGCCUUCAAUGCCUAAACCAGAUUCCCAUAUUGAGUUUGCCUGGACAAUAGUUAACAGAUCACUUUUUAUCGUCGGAGGAACAACAGAGAAGCACCCAGAAACCAAAAGGAUGAUCCUUGUUGGAGAAGUGUUUAGGUUUCAUUUUGACACACAGAAAUGGGAGGUGGUUGGGAAAUUGCCUUAUCGUGUGAAAACCACUCUUGUUGGAUUCUGGGAUGGGUGGUUAUAUUAUACAUCUGGACAACGAGACCGGGGGCCUGAAGAUCCUGCCCCAAAAAAGGUUUUGGGAGAGAUGUGGAGAACUAAGUUGAAGUUAUGAGCCUUUAUCAGAAUAUUCACAAUUUGAGGAAGAAAUCAGUUUCAAUUUUGAGAGCUUUUUUAUUAUUAGGACUUCCACUUACUGUGGGUGUGUAAAUCUUUAUGAACUUGUGACUUUGGAUAGGUAAAAGGUUGCAAGUUCAGUUUGAAUCUCAGAUAUACAAACAAAAAAACUAUAAAGAUCAGAUGAUCGGCGUAAUAUUUGUGCCGAUUUUUUGUGUUAUGUUAUAUUUUUGUGAGAUGAAAGUUCGACACUUAACAGUACGGGCAAAUUUGUAACCUGACUCCCUGUCCUCCCCAGCUAAAAUCUCUGAAUCUCAAAUUGGAAAGUUUCCCAAUCUGUG